AUGGAAGUGGAAUCCGGGGUUAGUCCUGCAGCUUCGAGUGCUCUUCUUGACGAUGAUGGAAAACUCAAAAGAACUGGAACAGUGUGGACUGCGAGCGCACAUAUAAUAACGGCAGUGGUUGGAGUUGGAGUACUGUCUUUACCAUGGGCCAUGGCCCAAUUGGGAUGGAUCCUCGGCGUAGUCUCAAUCUUUUUCUUUGCUUUGGUUACCCUCUACACUUCAAAUCUCUUAACCGAUUGUUAUCGCUCACCCAAUCCUGUUGGUGGCAAAAGGAACUACACUUAUAUGGACACUGUCCAAACUCACUUAGGUGGAAAAAUGCAUGUCUUUUGUGGAUUGGUCCAGUUAGGCAAUCUUGCUGGAUUUACAAUCGGUUUCACUAUAACAACAUCUAUGAGUGUCGUGACGAUACUAAAGAACUAUUGCGUUCGCAAGAGUGGGAUUGAGGCAUCUCCAUGCCAUUUUUCUAAUAAUCCGUACAUGAUUACUUUUGGAAUCAUUGAAAUUGUUUUGUCUCAAAUCCCCAAUUUUCACAAGUUGUCUUUGCUCUCAACCUUAGCAGCUAUCGUGUCUUUUGGGUACGCAUUCAUUGGUAUUGGACUUUCUCUUGCAACAGUUAUCAAAGGUAAUGGAAAGAGUACCUCUUUUUUUGGUGGCAUGGAGCAUAGUUCAGCAGACAAAUUGUGGAAUAUGUGCGUCGCACUUGGAAACAUUGCACUUGCCUGUGACUAUGCUCAAAUUGCGAUUGAUAUUCAGGAUAGUUUAAAGUCAUCACCACCAGAGAAUAAAGUGAUGAAAAUGGCAAAUAGGAUAGCUAUAUUCACGAUGACAAAUAUUUUCCUCUUAUCUGCAUGCUUUGGAUACGCUGCAUUUGGGUCAGACACUCCAGGGAACAUCCUCAAGAGCUCGGGCUUUCAAAACCCUUUCUGGCUUGUGGACUUAGCCAAUCUCUUCAUUAUUGUGCACCUAGUUGGAGCAUAUCAGGUAGUGAUCCAACCUUUUUAUCGUAUAGUUGAAUUAUUGGCUGGGCAAACGUGGCCAAGCUCAAGCUUUAUAACAAGGGAGAAGCUCGUAAGCAUUGGCAAAAUUAAAUUCAGCAUCAAUUUCUUUAGGCUAAUUUGGAGGUCCAUCUAUGUGGUGCUUAUCACUGUAUUGGCCAUGGCAAUGCCCUUUUUCAAUGAGAUGAUUGCCCUUCUUGGGGCCAUUGGCUUCUGGCCUACAGCAGUCUUCUUUCCAGUGCAAAUGUUCAUUGUCAGACAUAAUAUUAAAAAACUAUCGUUUCAAUGGUUUAGACUUCAAAUGUUGAGCUUUGUGUGCUUGAUUGUAUCGUUGGUUGCAGUAUGUGGAGCUAUUCAUGGAUUAAGCCAUGCUCUUGGUAAAUACAAGCCCUUUAUGUAUAAGGAAUAG